CGAGGGCCAGUGGUCGGGGAGACGGCGAGCGAGACGAGGAUACGGACGCCGGCGACCAGGCGGAGUAGAAGGCGUCGGCGGCGGUGGCGGAGGAGGAGGCGGAGGAGGAGGGGAGGAAACGGAGAGAGCCAUUUUUCUCGGAAGGAGCCGCCCCCGGCGCGGUGGAUGGGAAGAGGAUGCACUGCGGGCUGCUGGAGGAGCCGGACAUGGACUCAACAGAGAGCUGGAUCGAGCGAUGCCUCAACGAGAGCGAGAUCAAGCGCUACUCCAGCCACGUGUCUCUGGGCAACAUGUCACCGACGAGCGUAAGAGAAACCGAUGAAGAGAAGGAGAACAACCGAGCAUCCAAGCCGCAUUCCACGCCAGCCACGCUUGAAUGGUUGGAGGAGAACUACGAGAUAGCGGAAGGUGUGUGCAUCCCGAGGAGCGCCCUCUACAUGCACUACCUGGACUUCAGCGAGAAGCACGACACGCAGCCCGUCAAUGCCGCCAGCUUUGGGAAGAUUAUAAGGCAGCAGUUCCCUGCACUAACCACCAGGCGACUUGGAACUAGAGGCCAGUCUAAGUACCACUACUACGGCAUCGCGGUGAAGGAGUCCUCGCAGUACUACGACGUGAUGUACUCCAAGAAGGGCGCGGCCUGGGUGAACGAGGCGGGCAAGAAGGAGGUCACCAAGCAGACAGUGGCGUAUUCACCGCGCUCCAAGCUGGGGACGCUGCUGCCAGAGUUCCCAAAUGUCAAAGACCUAAAUUUGCCCGCCAGCCUGCCAGAAGAGAGGGUGUCCACCUUCAUCAUGAUGUACAGAACUCACUGCCAGAGGAUACUGGACACCGUCAUCCGAGCCAACUUUGACGAGGUCCAAAGCUUCCUGCUCCACUUCUGGCAAGGCAUGCCGCCCCACAUGCUCCCCGUCCUCAGCUCCCACACCGUGGUCAACAUCGUGGGCGUGUGCGACUCCAUCCUCUACAAGGCCAUCUCCGGGGUGCUCAUGCCCACCGUCCUUCAGGCGCUGCCUGAUAGUUUGACGCAGGUCAUCCGAAAAUUUGCCAAACAAUUGGAAGAGUGGCUGAAAAUCGCACUUCACGACCUGCCGGAGAACCUGAGGAACAUCAAAUUUGAGCUGUCCAGGAGGUUCUCGCAGAUUCUCAAGCGGCAGACGUCACUAAACCACCUGUGUCAGGCGUCGCGGACGGUGAUAAACAGCGCCGACAUCACCUUCCAGAUGUUGGAGGACUGGAGGAACGUGGACCUGAACAGCAUCACCAAACAGACGCUCUACACCAUGGAAGACUCGCAAGAGGAGCACCGGCAGCUCAUCAUCCACCUGUACCAGGAGUUUGAUCGCCUCCUGGAGGAGCAGUCGCCCAUUGAGGCCUACAUCGAGUGGCUGGACUCCAUGGUGGACCGCUGUGUCGUCAAGGUGUCGGGGAAGAGGCCCGGCUGCCUGAAGAAGGUGGCCCAGCAGUUCCUGCUCAUGUGGUCCUGCUUCGGGACCAGAGUCAUCCGGGACAUGACGCUCCACAGCGCCCCCAGCUUUGGCUCCUUCCACCUGAUCCAUCUCAUGUUCGACGACUACGUGCUCUACCUGCUGGAGUCGCUCCACUGCCAGGAGAGGGCCGGCGAGCUGAUGAGGGCCAUGAAGGGCGAGAGCAGCGAGCGAGACGAGGACUUGGCUCUGACAGAAAUAACGGCCACCUCCUCGCCGUCCCCGGGCUCCUUCUCCCCGGCCAGGUCGGUCCACUCGGCGGCCGUGUCGUCGGCCUCGCCGUCGCCAGAGUACCCGUCCAGCACAGGCGCCGUUCAGUCAUAUACGUGGUCCCUUACAUACACAGUGACAACAGCGGGGGCCUCGGCUCCGGACUCCGGCCAGCAGCUGUCCUGCAUGACCAGCGGCUCGGCGGGCACGCCGCCGCCUCCGCCCUCCGCCCAGCGGAUGCCAGUUUACACCCACAGAGAGGAGCACGGAUACACCGGGAGCUACAACUACGGGAGCUACGCCGGCCAGCAUCCUCAUCCCAUCCAGACUCAAUACCCGGGUCUGACCCACGAGACUGCGCCACUACACUACUCCGCUUACCACCGCUCAUCUGCACAGUACCAGUUCAACGCCCAGAUGUCCCGCAUGGAGCCGUCCUGUCUGAUGAGCGCCACCCCCCGCCUGCACGCCGCACCCGUCGCCCCCCGGUGGCCGGACAUGGCGGCCGUCAACAGCUGUUACACCAGCCCGCCUAUGCAUUCGUCCCGCUACGCCGCGUCGGGGGACAUGUACGCCCCCCUGGUCCCGCGCAGGAACUCCGAGUACGAGCACUCGCAGCAUUUCCCGGGUUUCGCCUACAUCAACGGCGAGGCCACCACCGGCUGGGCCAAGUAGCCCCGGAGAAGACUUUGCCGUGGGACGCCAUCAACUGUGGGGGAGGACACGUCGCUCAAUCAUUUGGAGGACUUGUGCGGAUAGAGAGGAGCCUCGAGGAAAUCAUGUCUGUCGUCACAAACCUGCAAAAUCAUGCAACGCCGC